UUCCAACACCAUCUUUUAGAGUUGUCUCUACAAUCGCCUUCCACAAUCUUCAUCAUCUUACCGCAUCCACCGUUUCCAAUAACUUUGAGUCUGAAACUUUUAAGCCUCCCACUAAGGACUGCCGCAUCAAAAAGACGCAAUAUUGCCCAAUCAGAAAACAUGGGUCCGGUUGUUUAGAGAUUCGGUCAGAGUUGAUUUGGAACUCAAAGAGCCACUCUCAUCAACAAAUCCGAUUUAAAAUUGGAAUUUUAUUGUUCAAAACAGAUCGGAGAAAGAAAUAAGAUUUGAAAAGCAUCCCGAUCUAUUUUGAAAGCCCAAAAAAAUUGCAUUCGCGAAACAGAAAAAAAUCAAUCUAAAAAUCAGAACUUUUAUACAACAAAAGGUGAAUUUUUAGAUCAGAGACAUUGUAUUACAUCAAAACAAAGACAUAACUUUUUCUCCCUGUGAAAGAUUUGUAUGUGUGAACAGGGAGAAAAGAGAGAGAUAAAAUCCAUUGCCCUAGCUCUUCCAACCUAUGUUAUGUCUAGUUUCAUGUUACCAUUGGAUAUCUGUGAAAAUCAUGCGAGUACCAUUGCACGAUUAUAGUGUAGCUCAAAUCCACCUAAACAAGAGAUGCAUUGGCAAAAUAGGAAAACAUGUGUUACCGAAAAGAGGAAAGUGGUCUUGGUUUCCGUAUGAUCCAUGAUUUUAACAUGGCAUUGCUGGAAAAACAAUUUUAGCGUCUAGUACAAUUCCUAGAUUCUCAUCUCGCAAGAGUAAUGAGUGGGAAAUAUUACAGAUAGGGAUAUUAAAACGGUCCUACUUCCCACAGGCUUUAGCGGACUUGUUAUAAAUGUUUUGGCGAGUGACCCGUUUAUAUAUAGGUAAAGGCUUAACGGAUUCAUACGGGUUGGCCCCUUCGCCCCUUAAAACCCGCUUAUUAAGCGGGUAUACCCACGGAAUAAAAGGGUGUCCGUUUAGUUUUUUUUUUCCUUUAAAAAUAUAUGAAAGCUGCAUCAUUUUAUCGUAUUCUUUUGAUCUUAGAUUCUCAAUGCCGUCAAUUCUUCUCCUCUAAAGCUCUUGUCAAUGAAACUCCAAAAUAUAAUAUGAAUCGAACUUGAUAAACAAUAUUGUGGGUCUUUUCAUACGGGUUGGCCCCUUAAAACCCGCUUAUUAAGCGGGAGUACCCACGAAAUAAAAGGGUGUCUGUUUAGUUUUUUUUUCCUUUAAAAAUAUAUGAAAACUGAAUCAUUUUAUCGUAUUCUUUUGAUCUUAGAUUCUCAGUGAGGUCAAUUCUCCUCUAAAGCUCUUGUCAAUGAAACUCUGAAACAUAAUAUGAAUCAAACUUGAUAAACAAUAUUGUGGGUCUCUUCGUUUCCACUAAGAGAGAGUAAGCAUCUGAUUUGACAUUGUUUCCUCAUCUCAGCUUCUUAAAAAAUAAUUUCAAAGACAGAUUUUCUUUCUGAUUUUGAGUCUGGGUUGCAGCUUCAUUGGUUCCAAGCAUACGAUUUUGCAGUGAGCGCCUAACUCUUAAAUAUUUCAAGUGACUUUUUUUUUUGCAGUUGUGUAGUUUUGUAGAGAUUUUGAUUUAUAAAUGAGAGAUUUUUCUUUUGAUUCAUAAGGUUUCUUCUUCAGAUUAAGAUGGUAAAGAGAGAAACGAGACUCCACCUUUGUAUAUAUACUAGACUUUGAUCCGCACAACCGCACAACUAUUUUUCAGUUUUAAAUUUUUCUUUGUACUAAAUGUUAUAAUAUAAAUAUGUAAACUUAGAUGUAUUACAUAAUUUUUAAUAAGUCCAAAUAAAAAUUACAUUGAGUUGUGUAGUUUAUCCCACCGAUAUUGAAUAUCAUUAAAAAAAAAUCAAACAUAUAUAAAUAACUGGACUUAUAUAUAUAAAUACCCGCGCGGAUGUUCUUUUUAUGUAUCCAAUUUAUUAUUGAUAAAAUUUUAAAUUGUUUGUUAAUUAUGUUGGUUGCUCUAAUCUCUUUUGGAUAAUGAAUUAUUGAACUACGAAGAUUAAUAUGCGUCCAAAAAUGUAUACUUAUCUUUCCAUACUAUAACCAUUAGUUUAUAAAAUUUAUUAUUUAAUUUAUUGUUUAAUAUUGAUAUUUUAAUAUAUUAUCAAAAAGGAAAUUUAAAUUUUUAUAAUCUAAUAUAACUAUUAUACAUAAUUUGUUAUUUAUAUUUAUAAUAUUUAAAAAAAUUAUCAAAUUUAAAUAAUAGUUAGGAAAAUGAAUGUUUCUAGUUAAAAAUCAAAUUAGGAAAAUGCUUGUUUUUCGCUAAAAAUUGAAUUAGGAAAAUGAAUUAAUUAAACAGGAAAAGACAAAGAAUACUUAAAAUUAAGUUUACUAAUUACUUCAGUGGCAUAGAUGUGUAAAUAAAUGGAAAUUUUAGGGUUAAUUUAUAUUUGUACUUUUCUUUUAAUAAUAUAUAUAUAUAUAUAUCAGGGACAAGAAUUUAAUAAAUUUGUACUUAAAAAAUAACUAAAACUGUAUUCAGAAUAAAAGAAUAACUAAACAAGAUGUCCAGAAGAAAAAAACUAAACAGGUUUAAUGCGCAUAAACGGGGUUUUUCUAAAUUUAACGGGUUUGAAAUUAAACAGGCUCUAUGGGUAUGUGUAUAAAUGGGUUUGAAGUUACAAGGUUUUAAUUUUAAUGGGCAAGGACUAAAAAGGCAGGGUCUAAAUGGGCCCGGACAGCCCAUAUUAACAUCCCUAAAUUUUAAGAUAUAGUUCACCUUUGUAUCCGGUUGCUAUAGAUAGUCAUUCUUAUGUUUGGACGAUUCUAUCGGAUGCUAGACCAUUACUGGCUUUAGGGAUCUGACAGAAAAUGCAUUUUGAAUUUGAGAUAAGAGCAUGGGAGGAUCCAUAGAUUCUAACGAUUCUAGUAAGGCCAGCUAGGCCUAAUGGUCCGGUUUUUCACCUAACGAUGACAGUUAGUGAUUUUAUUUAUGCGCAGCUUAAAGAGUGGAAUUUGGAGAUGUUGGAGAAUCUAGUUGUACUGGAGGAUAUACCGUCAAUUCGGAGUUUAGCCAUUAGCCAAUCCACCCAAGGUGAUGAUUUUUGUUGGAGCUAAGCAAAGAAUGGUAAGUAUGUGCAGUAAAAUCAUAUUAUUGGGUAGCGACAAAUAUUCUAAACCAUGAAACCUAAGACAAUGGUAACUAAGCUUAGCAUCAAGUAUUUUCUUGAAAAAAUCAUUGUUCCUCAGAAGAUACGUCAUAUUAUUUAGCAGAUUGUAUCAAAAUAUUUAACGGUAAUGAGGAACCAUACACGUCGUCAUAUGGGACGUGAUAAUCAUUGCUCUCAAUGUGGAGAACAAGAUGAAUCUAUCUAUCCUGCUAUUUUUGAAUGUCAUCCAGCUUUACAAACCUGUGCAUUAUCUUCUACGCUUUCAUGCCCAUCAGUUUUUCCCAUUUCCAACGUUUAUACCAUCUUGGAUUAUCUGUUCUAGAGGAAAACAAUAUUGAUGACCCGGAGUUGGAUAGAGACCCUUAUAUACGGAUAAUCUAAUAUUUCUAAAAAUCUCCGAUGAUAAAUUAUUUAGGGGAAUCACAAGGGAUUCUCUAGAGCUAGCAAGGCAUGGGGAGGGUGAAUAUCAAAUUUGGUUUGAAGUGAACACAAAAGAAUUUGAGGAGAUGCAACAUAUGUUUAGUGGAUGGUCUAUGAUCUGCUGAGGCACAAUACAGUGGAUGUGGAUGGGUGUGGUAAGGUUUCCCAGGACAUGAGCAACUUCUGGAGUUAAUGAAUCAAAAGAGGUGCGUCUCAUCUCUACAUAUGGAGCUGGAAGCAGUUACAUGGGCUAUUGAAAGUCUACUUCAAUACUUAUCUUGCCUACAUUUCAGAAUAGAUUGCAAGGAUCUGAUCUCAGUGAUUCAAGAACCAAAGUAUGACCAAACUUUUUAAACGAAAUUGAAAGAGUUAUCUAUUUUAAAGGAAAGACUUCAAGAUUUCAAGAUUGCCUACCAUCCCCAAGCAAAACCAGAUUUGCUUAUUCAUGUGCUUAAGACUGCACAAGCUUUUCAUAGAAAUCGUUUUUGUUGAUGUGUUAGAAUGAAUAAUUAUACCACCUAGAUAGAGAGACCCUUUCAAGGUUUUUGAGAUCGGGAAUCAAAGGCAAAUGGGGAAUCAACACAAAAUAAUCUUAUAACACAUGACAUUUCCGUUUUAACAAUAACGGAUUAAAAAGGAUGUUGGUGUUUUAUAGAUGGUCUAUGGAGUCAUACAUACGUGAAUUUGAGUUUCGUUGGCAGUAUUUUAAGAACGCAUCACUCAUAAAGGGAAAAAGGUAGAUGUCUAAAAUGAAGUUUUUCUUUUUGCAUGCAGAAUUUAAAUAACUUCUACUUCUAGGGAUAAUGCAAUUUUUUACUGUAACCGUAAGUGGUCGCCUUUGCAAUGGAAAGUUUCGAAGUGGAAAGAUGAUGUUUUCACCCGAAAAGAAUCUUCGCUCUCAAUAAAUUUGGAGGAAUUUAAUGAAAUUAAAGAGAAGUAUUUUGUCUCUUUCUCGUUCAUUCCACUUGGAAAGAAUGAAUGUUGUACACUUGUACUACAUAUAUAUUUGUUGUGUGUGUUUGUUGUUGACAAAAUGAAAUAUUUUUCUUUUAUAUUUUCUUUUGACAGCAUUAUAUGUCCUUUUCUUAUAUAUUAUAUGUCAAAUCCUUUUUGUAAGUAUACACAUUGCAAUAUAUGUGUGUGUGUGUGUGAAUUAAAUGAAAUUAUGAUAGUAUUCUUUUUUUGUUAAGUUCUAAUUAAUAGUAUCUUUAUCAAAUAUAUUUAUAUUGUGCCAAACAGUUUUUUCAGUUAAUGGUUUUUCAUUUGUCAAAAUAUAUUAUUUUUUCCCUCAAAAAUGGUAGAAACUGUUUAUUUGAAUGACAGAUAGGAUGAGUGUAAGAAAUUAUGGUAAUAAAUCUAUUAAAAUCUGUUCAAAGAUAUACUAAUUAAAUUAUAAUAGUAAAAACAUAAUUAUUUAAUGAUAUUUUACUUGUCAAAUAUACAUUAGUUGGUUGUGCAUAAAUAAGGAAAUACUUUUAUGGUAUUAAAUUUUUUAUACUACUAUAAAUUCAUUGGACUACCAAGAAACAUUUCAACAGUUUCUCAAACCAAUUUCUUAAAUAAAAGCAGAAAACCUUAAUUAGUAUUACAAUAUAUAAUAUAAAAAUAAAAAUUGAGUAGUUCUCCUUUGGGGAAGAGAGAUAAAGAGGCAUUUGUUUGUUCAUGUGUUCGUUCUUUGUGGGUUUAUUGACAGCGAUGAGCCGAUGAUGAUCUUCAAGUAUCUUUGAAACUAUCUGUGGGAGAGAGAUGGUUUCUCAUAACUGAUUUCGUGUAGGUUUGGGACGAAUCAAUUUUUUUUUAAUUCAGAUUGUGAUUUCUUCCCUGCCCUUUGUGGUGUAUAGUGAGAGAGUGAAAGAGGGUAGCGAAUUGCAUAUUGGUUCCUUUGCUUAACAUAAUAUAGCUUUACUGAUGGAGAAACGUGAACCCUCUUUCGUACCUGAAUGGUUGAGAAGUUCAGGGAAUGGUUCUGGUGUUGGGAGUAAAAAUCAUAUUCAGUCAUCUUCUGCUCGCUCAGAUAAUAACAAGAGUAGGAACCCUAGGACAGAAACCGAUGUUGAUUCAGUUCGGUCUCCUUUUCUCGAUCGGUCUUCUUCCACCGAUGCACGGAGGAGGUUUAGUAAUGGGUCUACCAAAAAUGCAUAUAGGAAUUUCAAUGUUCAAAGGAGAGGUAAAGAUCGGAGAAUGGAAAAAGAUAGGCCGACCUACAAAGACCCGUGGCACCGAGAUUCUUGUUUCCCUUUCAGUACCUUCUUAGAUGGAAGGAAUCAAGAGCAGUUAAGACGAUCAAAUUCAAUGACAACAAGGAAACAUGACUACCACUUGGCUCAAGGGUUUUCUAUGGGAUUCAAAAAUCCAACGAGCUCCAAGGAUUUUCCUAGGCUUAAAACCGAAGAGAGGAAUGAAGGAGGCUCAGACGCUGUAAGAAUCUCAUCUCCUGGUCUAAGUCUUGCUGUAGAGAGCUUGUCUGUUGAUGAUGACUCAGGCAUGACUGCUGGGGAAGGUAGGACAUCGGCUCCAGCGGAGGUUCCCAAUGUUAUUAAGAAGAGUGGUUCUGAUUCUGAUAUUACUUCAAAUACCUUAAUGGGACAGACUCGUAACAUGGCCGAAGCAUUGCUGCAGCCUCCUAGAACUGGUACAUUUCCUCAGGGAUAUUCAAUGAUAAAAAGACUUGAGGACCAAGCUCUUAAGCUAAUACCGGUUGUCCCUUCUGCACCAAAGGGCUCAGUUUCCAAGACCAAACCAAUGGUUCGAAGUGGUGCAAUUGGUCUUGCUUCUUUUAGAAAUACCCACCAGCAAUCCUCUAUUCGGCUAGGUAAUCUUCAUUCUAAUUAUGGUAAGCCUGAUAGUACUAAGAAGCUGGUAAUUCUCAAACCUGCGGUCAAAGAAUCUGGAGGUCCAAGUCGUAUAACCAACAGCGUAGCAGCUGGUUUCCAGAUGAUCGCUGCUCCACCUGCGCCAUUCAUUACUUCUGUGGCUCAAACUCAGAGCAGGAAUGCGUUUUACAGUGCUUUGAAGAAGAAAACAUCUACAAACAUCUCAACUAGCUUUUGCAUCUUCCCUUCUGUCGAGGAAAAAGCAGACAUCUCUAAGGAGCUUGUAGCUAGUAACCCUUCAUGCGUGCAUGCUGCAGAAAGAGAUGAUGGUUUUGAACCGGCAGACCUUCCAGAUGAAGAAGAGGCGGAGUUCCUUAAAUCCCUUGGGUGGGACGAAAACAAUACUGAGGUAGAAGCCCUCACAGACGAGGAGAUCAGAGCUUUCUAUGAACAGCACAAGAAGUUGAAGCCAUCACUGAUGAAAAAGCUGCCAAUCAUUACUGAGGCAACUGAGGACGCAAAUCCCAGCUCGUGAUCCAAUUUUGAAGAUAGUUUUCUCAUUUCUCUUUCCUUAUUUUGGUGGGGGGGGGGGGGGGGGGGCUUCAGUUGCACUAUGAGUGUUGUUCUACUUCUUCAUAAAAGCAACAAAAUUGAGUAUUUGUACAUCUUUUGGUCUGAAGAUAGUGAGUGGUUUUGUUUUGAAAUCUUCCUUAGGUUUCUAAUGUUUGAUGAUAAUGAUGAUGACUGGGGAAAGAGAAAACUUGUUGGCGGUAUGAAUAAAAAAUUUAAAGGCUUUCGGUUUCUGUCUUGAAAAUAAGUAUUUCGUCUUUUGCAGUUUUUUUAUUUAGUUUUAGUUAGUUUCUCUAUUUUAAUUGGUCAAACUAGAUAUUGACCCGCGCAGAUGCGCGGAAUUGUUUAUAGUUUAUUUUUUAAAUUAUAAUUUUAUGAUAUUUUAUAAAUUUUGGUUUGCGUCCAAAUUGUAUUUUUAAUUUUUGGUUUGCUUCCAGUUCAGUUGUGGGUUUUGGUUUUCGGUUUAAGAAAUAUAAUAAUUUUUCGGUUCUUUAUGAAUUUCUUUGGUUUCGAUUUUGUUAUUUUGUUUUGGUUCAAAUAACAAUAUUAGAAACCGAUAAUAUUUUGAGUUCAAUUUGAAUGUGUGGCUCUGAUUUUGGAUUUGGCAUUUUAUAUCUUGAUUCUAGUUUAGUAGCUAUGAUUUUGGUUACAUUUUUGGUUUUUAUUCUUUUUUGUUAUUGAAUGACUUAAUAUUUUAAAUAUGUUUAGAGAACAGGUAUAUCUCAAGAUAACAUAUCCAGUCAGAAAAUAUCUGUAAAUUUCGUACUUUGAUGUGAUCAAUGUAAGCUGUAUAUUAUUUUUGGAUUUUAUGUGAUAGUAUGGACUUAGUGUCCACAUAUAUAAUUUGAGUUUUAUGCUAUGGAUGGGCAGAAAAAUCUGAAUCAAAAGAACCAAACUGAAUCGAAUAUGAAAAUAUAGUAUAGAAUCAAAAUCAAAAUUGGUUAAAUAUCCUAACAGGUUCAAAAUUUUAGUAUCUAGAAAAUUGGAUCCACUCAAAACCAACAAUAUCUGAAUAUAUCUGAAUUAGAUUUAUAUACCUAAAUAUAUUAAUUAUUUGAAGAUUUAAUAUCCAUUAAAAUAUCCAAAAUAUAUAAGAUUUUUUGAAGUUGUCCAAACUACUUAAAAAUAUAUAUACAAAUAAUCAAAAGUAAAUAUCUAAAAUAGCUAAACAAUACUCAAAACACCAAAAAUACUUGAUAUAUCUAUUGAUUCUCCAUCUAAAUAUUUAACCCAAACCAAUUUUCUGUUAAUUUAAGUAUUUUAGCAUAUAUUAUUAAAAAAAUUAUGUUAUAUUAUUUUAUUUUUAUAUUUUGAGAAAUUUUAAGUGUAUAUGAAUUUUAAAAUUAUUGAAAUAAUUUAAAUGGGUAAUCGAAACCCAAACGGAACCCGCAAAAAUCGGGCCAAAAUUUGUAAAUACCCAAAUGACGCUUAAAUCCUUAACAUUGAAAAUCCGAAACCCGAAUAGAUCCAAACUGAACCCAAAAACCUCUAUGCUCUGUUUCAUUGAUUAUGAGCAGCUCAUGAAACUAUAUUUUGUUUAGAUAUGAUAGUGUGGCCAAAUUAUAUUCAAAAUUUUGAUGGUGUUAAAAAAAUCUCAAAUUAUACACGAGAAGUUAGCUUAGGAUUUGUCCGUGAAUGAAUAUAUUAGAAUCGGUUUGUUCACAUUAUGAAAAAAUCUGAAGAUAUAGGAUCAAUAGAACAUUUUCACAUGCUAGAAAUAUAUAAAAGACACAAUGCAGAAAGUCUGCGAAAAUGAGAGGGCAACAUAUAACUUACUCGCAAUGUUUUGCUGUGCUCCCAUUACUAUCAUUGGAUGUGACAAUGCUCGUAUAUGUGGCAUACUCAGUGCCAUAAGACUCCAAAAGGAGGUAAUUUAAGUGCUGCCUGAAAGUAAACACCAGUGCACGUCCAGUAGUUUCUGCUCUGUCAGAAUUCUGUAGAAUUAGAAGAAUGACUGCCACUUGUAUCUAACUUAGUAUUAGAACCUUGAUAUUCCUUGAGUAUUCUUUAUUACUCUCCAUGGACGCUUUUCUAAUUGGUCUUUUAUUGUUUCUACUUUCUACUUUCUUUUGUUUUUACCUCAACAACAGUGCCAAGAUCUUUGCACUUCACUAUUAUUCUCUUUCAACCUCACAUAUGAGCCCUUCACUAUGAUUUCGUUGAGAUUCACUGUCUGUGCAAUUCUCACAAGUAUAUCUCUUCCUUAGCUAUUCUCACGUAUGCUCCUUCUUUAUCCCAUGAGCGUGUAGCUUCCUGCAAUGAGCAAAUUAUAUCCACAACAACAAUCAUUAACUCAUAUGAAUUGCUCAUAAUCUGAAUUGGUGACAUAGGUAAAGGCAUCAAAUACAUACACACACAAAAAACCCUAAAUCAUAUGUAAACUAACAAAUCAACUAAAUUCUAAACACUAAUUAAAAACUCAAAUUUUAUUUUGCUAAGAUUUUUAGUUUGGAUUUGGAAUCAAAACCCAGAUAUAGGUUUCAUUGGAUGUAAUACAUUGGCUUUGAGUCGAUUGAUUGAUGAUCUUCAAUCAGAGGGCAUCAAUGGUAUCUUUCACUCAUAACCCAAAGCCCUAAACGUAUAUCCCACCUAUCCAACUGCUUUAAACCACAAGAAAUACACAAAUGAUCAUUACUAUAAAAAGGAUAACACUAUUCUUAAGCAAUAUCCUAUAGAAAGAGAGAAGCAAACAGAGAUUGAAGUCGAGUUUUUUUGCUGGAAAAUUGUAUAAGCAUGUUCGUGAAGACGAAGAAUUUCGUUACGGAUUAGAAUUAUGUUUGUGAAGGAUGAGAUAUUAGUUGGUUUAAUUUAAGUAUAUUGGUUACCAUAUAAAAUUGCAUAUGAAGCUUGUCUUUAAUUAUAUUUAGUCACAACAUUCAAUGAGUCCAAAAAUAAAACAUGCCAUGGUAAAUUUCAAAUAGGACUCUGUUUUAAUAGAUUAGAUGUACUUUAUGCUAUUCGCUUGGCCUUUUUUGUAUUCGAAAAGUCAAAUGUCUGUGUUUAACUUUUAGAAGUAGAUUAAUAUGAUAACAUUUUUUUUUGUGAUCAACUAUUAAUAUGAUAACAUUAAUUAACAAAAAAUUAUACAUAACUAUUAUUAAUAAAAAUUAUUUUUUCUUUUUCUUAAUAAAAUAUUAAUUGACUUUAGUUUUUUUUUUUUUUUACAAAACCAGAUAAAUAAUAAAAAUAUUGAUAAAAUAAUAUAUAUAUAUAGAUAUUAUAUAUAACACAUUUAUUUUAAUAUAAAAUAAUAGUUGAUUGGAUAAUAAAUAACAUAGUAUUUUGCAAAUGCUUACUAAUCAAGACUCUAUUACGAACUUUAUGUCGGAAUGAAGCUAUAUAUAUAUGUGUGUGUGCGCGCGCGCGUGUGUUGCUAACAUAACAAACUGCCUGAAUUUCUUUUUAUAGUUAUUAGAUGUUACAUUCUAUUUUUUUUUAUAAAUGAUAUACAUGUAAAGUCUAUGAAAUUAUGGUGAUAAAUUUACUAAAAUGUGUCAAAGAUAUACUAAUUAAAAUGAAAUAGUAAAAAUAAUUAUUUAAUUAUAUUACAGUAUUUGACACUAUAUAUUAAUUGAUUAGACAUAAACAAAAUAAGUCUUUUAUUAUAAUAUUUUUUUAUUACUACAAAUUCAUUAAAUCGAGAAAAAAAUGUUUCAACGGUUUCUCAAAACAAUUUCUUUAAAAAAGUAGAGAAACCUAAGUAUUACAAAAAUAAUAUAAAAAUAAAAAUUGAGUAGGUCUCAAACUCUUUGAGAAGAGCAAGAGAGAAAGUGGGAGGCUGUUGUUGUUCAUAUAGUUCUUUAUGGGCGAUGUAGGAGAUGCUGUUUGGCAGAAGAAACAAAGAAUUAUAUAUUUUUCGAAUGUCCAUAUGUUAAAAACAUUUGGAGAGCACUGGGUAAUUCUAAUAAUAUCAUCAACAGUCCUACUGCAAAACUCGAUAAGAAAAUUUAUAAUUUGUUUAGUUUACAACAUGUAUAAUAUUAACUCAUUUUCAGGAGCUACCAAUUUGGAUCCUCCAGAGACUAUGGAAAAUUCGUAACAUGCUCAUCUUUUAAUAAAAACAAAACCAUUGGGAGAGUCAACUCUGGGCUAAUGCUGGUGAAUCACUAGCUUUAGGCGUAAAAAUACAGAAACAUUUAAAAGACAUAAAUUUAAGAAAUAUAUAUCCAUGGUCUAGUGGUUAGUGGAUGAUGUAAAACCCUUAUAGUUGCCAUGUUCGACGCCUGUGGCGCCACACACUUACUUUACUGUUUUUUUUGCAUAUGAGCUGCUUUUCUGAUUUAGGAAAUGAAAUGAACCGGACUGGGCUUGGUCAUUGGAAGAUUAUACUGCAACAAGCUCAAAAUGAUGCUAAAAAAUGAAAGGCACAUAAAAUGUUACAUCAAUGCUCUUUUCUAAAUGGAACAACGAGAAGACAAAGUCUAAUGGAACAAAGAUGUAAAUGUAUAUGUAAAAAAGAAUAAGAUAUAAAAAAAUAAAAACUAAGUACAACUUCUCCCUUAGAGAUGGGUAUUGCAAGAUUUAAAUGGCAAUUAUAGAGGUGCAUGACACAUCAUCAAAAAUCAGAAUAGAUAAUAAAGUUUUUGGUUUAUUCCACCAUCGUGUCCAAUGAAUUACUAAGAUUUUUUGUUCACUAGAGUUCUAUAUAAUCAUGGGUUUUGUAAUUGAAAAAAAAACUUAAAUAAUGCUCUAAAUAAGAGUGAACAACAUACUAUUGCAAUGCAACAUUAUAUCGUUGGAGUAAACGGUGAUCUUUGAAGGAGAUUACAAAACAAAUUUAUAUUUUAUUUUUAUUUUCCGAGUUAUAAAACAAAAAUAACAAAAAAACAUGAAUUUUGCACCACUAGUUUAAUUUUCAAAACCACAUA